AUGUACCUGGUCACAGUGCUUGGGAACCUGCUCAUCAUCCUGGCGGUCAUUUCUAACUCCCACCUUCAUACCCCCAUGUACUUCUUCCUCUCCAACCUGUCCUUCACUGACAUCUGUUUCACCUCCUCUACAGUCCCAAAGUUGAUUGUGGACAUCGUAACUCACAUCAGAGUCAUCCACUAUGCAGAAUGCUUGACACAGAUAUCUCUUUUCCUCUUUUUUGGGUUUAUGGACUAUAUCCUCCUGACUGUAAUGGCCUAUGACCGCUUUGUUGCCAUCUGCCAUCCCCUGCAUUAUGCAGUCAUUAUGAACCCUCACCGCUGUGUCUUAUUGCUUCUGUUGUCAAUCUUUCUUAGCUUUUUGGAUUCCCAGGCACACAAUUUAAUUGCCUUACAAGUUACCUGUUUCAAAGAUGUGAAAAUUGCUAGUUUCUUUUGUGAUCCUUCUCAACUCCUUGACCUUUCAUGUUCUGAUACCUUUAAAAAAAACGUAACCAUAUAUAUACUUGGUAUCCUAUUUGGUUUUUUCCCCAUGUCAGGGAUCAUUUUCUCCUACUAUAAAAUUGUUUCUGUCCUUCUGAAAAUUGCAUCAUCUAGGGGGAGGUACAAAGCCUUUUCUACCUGUUUUUCUCACAUGUCAGUUGUUUGCUUAUUUUUGGGAACGAGUCUUGGAACAUACCUUGGUUCAAGGACAUCACACACUCCCAGAAAGGGUAUGGUGGCCUCACUGAUGUACACUCUGGUCACGCCUAUGCUGAACCCCUUCAUCUAUAGCUUAAGGAACAGGGACAUACUUAGCACCCUGAAGAAGCUCUAUUUUUGUGAAAUGUAA